CAUGCUGAAAAAGUCGAGAACCUGGCCACUCCAGUUUGGUAUUGAUGUCUCGGGCCCAAGUGGCAUGCCAGUUACACUCACGAUGUUGCAGGGACUAUAGCAGUUGUCUACUUCAUGGCUUCAAGUUCAGGUUCUACUGGGAUUUGAUGUAGCAGAUAGCCUUAUCAUACAGCUGCUGACAUAACACCAUGGAAAUAUCUGUCGCCUUGAGGAGAACUAAAGGUUUUUAUGAAGCAGUGUGUGCUCUGAACACCUUGCAGACCAAUGUGAGUGUGUUGGAUCAGGUGCGGAGGGAGCGGAGGGAGCUACCUGAGCUGCAGCUCCAGGCCAUGUGGGGUUUCCUCCAUCGUACAGGCCUCACAGUAGACAAGCUGGACCACCUCAAUAUAAUCCAUGUGACAGGCACCAAGGGCAAGGGAUCAACAUGUGCCUUUACUGAGAGAAUCCUCAGGGACUAUGGCUUUCGGACUGGGUUUUACAGCUCACCACACCUGGUACAGGUCAGAGAGAGAAUACGCAUCAAUGGACAACCAAUUAGCAAAGAGCUCUUCACCAAAUACUUCUGGGAGGUGUUUGCUCAGUUAGAUGCUACAAAGCUGGUACAACACUUCUGGUACAACACUUCUGGUACAACACUUCUGGUACAACACUUCUGGUACAACACUUCUGGUACAACACUUCUGGACUCCCAUGGAGUUAGUAUGCCGGCCUAUUUCCGCUUCCUCACCAUCCUGGCGUUCCAUGUCUUCAUACAUGAGAGGUAUCUCUUCAUACAACAGGUUGAUUUAGCUGUUAUUGAGGUUGGGAUUGGAGGGGCCUAUGACUGUACGAACGUCAUCAGGAAGCCGUGGGUUUGUGGGAUAUCCUCCUUAGGAAUUGAUCACACAAGUAUACUAGGAAACACCAUAGAGGAGAUUGCCUGGCAGAAAGCAGGCAUAUUUAAGCCAGGGGUGCCAGUGUUCACUGUCAAGCAGCCAGAUAGGCCCAUGACUGUUCUACAGGACAGAGCCAAAGAGAUAGGGUGUCCUCUGUGGGUUUGUCCAGAUCUGGAGCAGUAUGAGUCUGGGGCUGGCCCUCUGAGUCUGGGCCUGGCUGGACAACAGCAGCGUUGCAACGCAUCACUCGCCCUGCAGCUCACCAAGACCUGGCUACAGCGCUACAGACAGUCUGAUGAUCAGCUUGCUGCCCCGGUAGUGGAGAACAGGCUGGUCUCCCAGGCAACAGCCUUUAAGCCCAGCCCCAUCAUGGUCAAAGGCCUGGAGGCGACAGAGUGGCCUGGAAGAACUCAGACUCUGAGGCAUGGUCCUGUCACCUACUACCUGGACGGAGCCCACACCACGGGCAGCAUGCAGGCCUGUGUACACUGGUUCAGCCAGGAGAUCCAGCAGGAAGAGAGUAGCAAAAAGGGCCCUGUGAUCAGAGUACUGCUGUUCAACACCACAGGAGAGAGGGACUCUGCUGCCAUGCUCAAACUCCUAGAGCCAUGCCAGUUUGAUUUUGCAGUGUUUUGUCCCAACAUUACUGAAACUAUUACAGAAAACAAUGCAGAUCAGCAGAAUUUCAAUGUGUCUGUGGAGAACAUGCUGACCCAUUGCCUUGACAACCAGAUCAGCUGGCAGAGCCUGAGUGGGACAGAGACUAAGCAGGGGUCUGAGUCUGAGCUGCUGAUAAAGGACAGGCUCCCCUUGCUGGCCAACAUCAGGACCCACACCCUGGUCUUCCCUUGCAUCCUCAGCGCCCUCCAGUGGAUCAGCCAGGGAAGGGACGCUGUACUGGCUACUGCAUGGAGCCCCUAUCUCCCAGUACAGCCCAGUGUCAAGGCAAAAGCAGAACCACUGAGAGAGGCAGCCCAGGUCUCUGUCCUGGUCACAGGUAGUCUACACCUAGUAGGAGGGGCGCUGAAAUACCUGGACCCCUCGCUAGCCUCCUAAUUAACUAUUGGCCCAACAAUUGGCCCAUCAGUCUGGCUUGGAUUUUUGUAGGACAUUGAGAAACGCUCAAUGUUUGACAGGUAUUAUAUUUUAGAUGUUUAUAGCUUAGGGUCUUCUUGAAUAGAUGUGUGCUCCUUGUCCAGUGCAGUGCACUCAAGUUGCUCUGUCCUCAGUGCAGGAUCCCUGGGCUUUCAUACUACGAAGUUGUGCUGUACUGUGUCAGCAAGUCAAGUUGAAUGAUUUUCUCAGGGGGAUUGAAUUACGAUUGUUUUGGAUUGUAUUUUCUCUUUGAAUUCUUGCUUUGACUAAUGUACAUAAUUAAAAUGAAAGCAUGUAUGAAUUUGUACAUAGUUUCUUAAAAUGUUUUGUUCCUUGUGAAUAAAGACUUUUACAGUA